ACCAAGUGCUCAAGUGCUCCAAGUGCUCCGAACCCCCAAACUCACACGUCAUUUGAGGUGUGCCCCGAGCCACUGCCGCCCCCCGUGCUCCGAGAUGCUCUCGGCAGUGGGCGCGGCCGUCCCAAUCCCAGCUGCGGGGAUCGAAUGCGUACUGGUGGUGCCACAGCACGGGGGAUCCGCGGCCACAAACCCCUCCAUGAUUUCGGCGACGAAAGGGAAAUCGCCCGGGUGCGAGUGGAGGCCAAACUUUGCGCCGAGCAGUGUGAGUGUGCGCAGCCACUGCCGCCGCCUCGGCAAGGUCCCGCCGCGCUCGACGAGCUCGUCCCGCCGUGACACCGCGAGCAUGCGGAGCCGGCUGCGCUCCUCGGAGCCGCGAGUGAGCAUCGCCGCGUGAAAGCUGAGGUGGACAAAGGAGGUGCUCAGCUGGGGGCGCGGGAGGCGGGAGGCAUUUCGUGGG